AUGAGUGAGUGUACUAUUCCUAUUUUACCCAAGAUAAGCACUGCAAGUGGCGUUAUAUCUUUUUCAACUAGUUUAAUAAGCUUACUGCCUCAGCUUAUCGAGACCUAUCAAGAUAAGAGUGUCGAAGGGUUAUCACCAUACCUCCUAUCAAGUUGGCUCCUUGGAGAUUUAACAACGUUAUUGGGAACCAUUUUAACUGGACAGCUAAAGUUCCAAAUUAUUCUAGCGCUGUACUAUACACUAAACGAUCUCAUUUUGUGUGGCGAGUACUAUUAUUACGGAGUUAUUCACCAGAAUAGACUAGCCGUUCCUGGCCAUGAAUCCAAAUCUUUUGAAGAUAGACUGCGCUUGACUACUGCGCUCAGUCGUCAACAAACAGCUACAAGUAGCCCCGGCAAACAAUCCCCCAUUUCUACCCCACCUCCUCCUACUCCUCCUCCUCCUCCUCUGCAUUCUUCUUCUGCAUAUAAAAGUAAAGCCUCUUGGCUUUAUACACUUUUCCACUUAAGCCCGGCUCAAGCCUUGCACAUCCUAUCGAAAACGGUAGAUGGAAUUCCUAACUCUCCAACGGUACCCUUGCCUAACCCCACUACCGGAACUAUAGGUGUCCUAUCUUCUUGGAUUGGAGGAUUCCUGUACGUGGGAGGCAGAUUGCCUCAGCUAAUCAAGAAUUAUAGACGCAAAAGUACUGAUGGCCUUUCCCCAUUUCUAUUUGGUUGUACAUUAGUGUCAAAUUUCAACUACGGUUUAUCCGUCCUAACUUCAUGCGAAUUCCUCACCAGUCCAAAUAAGCAUGAAUACCUUAUGGUAUCACUGCCAUUCCUAAUUGGCAGCGUAGGUACUAUUUUGUUUGAUUUUAUCUACUUCUACCAGCAUUAUGUAUUGUAUUACGAUGAUGCAAAGCUAAGACAAUUGGAAGCACAAUUGGAAGCUGAAGUGACCGCUAACGAAAUUACACCACUGUUGCAUUAG